AUGGCCGAAGAUAACAUCGAUGACAUCCUGGUGCGCCUCGACGAGAUCGAGAAGCUGCAGACAGAACUUCGACAUUUAGUACCGCGUGUUACGAGUAACUCAUCUAAACAUUUGCAAAAUGUAUCUCACGAUUCAUCCACGUCGAAUCGUUUCCCAUCCCUCUUCACGUUUCCCGUAAUUUCGAACUUUACAUCGACUCCGAAAAACGAACGUGUGCAAAAGUCAGCCGCACAAUUGAACCUCAACAACAAAUCGUCGAGCGGCAACCGACGUUCGACGAUAAAUCUGAAAAAUACAGGAGGAUCUCAGAGCAAAACAAGGGAAACAAAUGUUUUCAAAACUCUAUUGAGAAGCAGCAACAACGUUGCCAGCUCACACGUGAGAAAUUCUUCGGUCUCAACAUCUGUAGCGGAUUCGACGACGUCGAUAAGGAACCGUAUCGCAAAUAAAAUGGUUAGGGAUCCACGAGAAGCAAUUAAAAAGAGAUUAAAGAGCGGAACAUCGAAGACUAUAGCUGGAUAUAAAACACAAUGUGCAACUAGCGAGAGAUCCAAUGUGCAGUUAUCCGGGAAUGAAAAUAUAUCAGAUAUUCAGGUUCAUGAGUUAAAAGCUACAGAAUCACAGGGCACACAUCGAAAAAAUUGGUAUUGCACGCUUAUCGAACGAUUUAUGGAACAACUGAAUUACUGUUUUAUAAACAAUAAGAGAGUGACCGUCCCAUAUCAUCAUUUGGGGAAUAGAACACCCAGAAGAGUGCAGAUACUACAUUCACCAACAAUUAAAGAAACAGAAAUUCUGCGAUUACACGAAUCUGAGGCGAAAAUGUUUGUCAAUUAA